CGGGCCGGUUCACUAAAAUGCUGGCCCGGGACCGAACCGCUAGAAGACCAGGCCGGGUGGCCCGAACCGGGCACCAAUCGGUUCACCGGUCCGGUCCGGGCCCGCACAGUAGCGGGCCGGUCCGGUUCCGGGCCGGUUGGCCUGGCCCGAGUCCAUCCCUAGUUUUAAACCUUUUUUAUUAGAUAAAACACCUUAGCUAUUAUUAUUAAGAAACAAUGACAUCAAUAUUACUCCCUAGGUUUCUAAUUCCAAAAAUAUGAUCACAUUAUGUUUUCUCAAAAAAGUGACCGGCUCCCACCCGUCUUCCGCGUGAAAAUGAGACAAGUUACCCCCUCUGCGCAUCUUCAUUCUAGAUCUGCCCAUCUUCAUUCCAGAUCUACUAGUUCUCCCAUCCACCAACAUCGCGUAUCAUCUUCACUCUCCCAGUUCUGCGCAUACACCAGCUGUCGCCGUCCGCUCCAGAUCCGCUCCACAAGCUUUGUUCUUCCGUCGUGUCUGCUCCAAAUCCGCUCAAAUCCGGAAGAUGACGGGCGAAGCUUGGAUGAAGGACGAAGUUUCGGAGAUGGCUCCAAUGGACGACGAGCGAAGCUUGGAAUCCAUUGACGACGGUCGAAGCUUGGAAUUCAUUCCUCCUUCUGCUAUUUCAUCCCUUCUUCGAUUUAUCCCUCUUUGAUGGUCUCCAUCGCUAGGGUCUAGAGGACUGGUUGUUGGGGCUGGGGGCUGGGUGAGGCAUGGGGGAUCAGGUGAGGAGGGGCUGGGUGGGGUUGGGGGUUGGGUGACGCAGAGGAGUGGGGUGGGUUAGGCAGGGGGCUGGGGUGUCACAGGGGCUGGGUGAGGCGGGGACUGGGGUGUGGUGGUUGUUAGCGGUGGUUGUAGGUGUUGGCCGGAGGUGGUGGUUGCCAAUGGUGGCCGGUAACGGUAAAAUUCAGUUACCCGCUGGGAAGGUGGUGGUAAUUGACCGGAUGACAGUGGCCGGAGUAAUUUUGUGUCAGUGUUGCCACCAGCGGAGGUGGCGGGACAUCGAAGAUGUCACUGCGGCUAGAGAUAUUACUGCAGAAAUGUCACUGUGGUGUUGUCACUGCGGCGGCGUCAUUGUUGCGGCGUCACUAUGGUGGUGGUGGCGGCGUUAUAGUUGGCGUCAAAAUUUUGACAACUCUUGGUUGGCGUCACUGUUUGUUUUUCUUAUCACUAAGAGUUGUCAAAAAUUUUUGUAGUGACAUCAUAUUUUCUAAUUCCAAAUAUGUGACCUUGUUAAUCACUUUUUUGUCAAUUUUGAAAAGUACUCACAUUUUUU